AUGGAGGGUCGAAUCGGAUUCGAUCGUCCGAGCAUGGCGAUGAACGCGCUCAUUAACAAUCGCGCCGACGUCGGACGCGCGCGCGAGACGAUGAUCUUCGCUCCCGACGGCGCGCGCGGCGGCGCGCCGGCGCGCCGCGCGGCGGCGGCGCCGAGCGAAACCGCGGGGGACGCCUUGGUCUGGCGCGAUCCCGCGGUGGGCGCGCGCGUGAGGAAUGCGUACACGGGCGGGAUUGAUUUAAUGGCGAUGAACAAGCGCGCGACGUCGGAAGGGAAGUGCGUGACGAGUAAACAGGUGCGGGCGUUUCGACGCGCGGCGAAACGUCCGACGCUGUUGCGCUCGGGCGAGCGACGCGCGAGACCGACGAAGAUUGACGACACGCUCACGUUCGGUCGACCGAGCGCGAUGCGAUCGGAAGACGAAACGCGAUGGCGCGAUGCGCCGGAAUCCAUCGCGGAUGUCAUCGAGCAUCGGUACGCCGACGCGUGGAUCGAGGCGAGACGGAUGGAGCGCGCGCGCGUCGCGCGCGCGCGGGCGUCGUCUCACGAGAGCCUCGAGCCUCGAGCCGCGUCGAGCGCAAAGACAUCGACGACGGAGGAUGCGCGAGCGCCGUUCAAGAUGAAACGUUUCGCCGAGGUGCCUUCGAAAGUGGCGGCUAUGGGAUUUUUCUAG